AACCCCCAAAAAAAAAUAGGUUUCAUACCAAACUUUAUACAUGUGAAAGAGGUUUCAUAGGAAAACAACACUGCACGAUUUCUUUCUAUCUAUUUUCUGUACAACGAUUGAAACUAUGCAGUGUUGUUUUCCUAUGAAACCUCUUUCACAUGUAUAAAGUUUGGUAUGAAACCUAUUUUUUUUUGAGAGUAUAAUCAAAAUCCAUAACAUGUAAUAGACCAAUAAUGGCAAUAUACUUUACUCUAUAAAUUAAAUAAUUUGUUGUGUCAUUUUUCGAUGAUAUGAUGAUUUCAUUUUCUUGAUAUUCAUUUAUAUCGAUUAUGUUGAAUAUGACCAAUUUUUCAAACUGAAUACAGAAUAAACCCUAUCAUUUCAAGUAACACAAGUAUCUCCGAUAUCAUACUCUACAUACAAACAAUUGUGAAUGGUUAUUGUCGAUUGUUUCCAGUGUCAAUGAAUAAAAUACUUUUUUCUUGUUAUUAAGUGGUUGCUUUAAUGCCAGUUUAUUUUCUGAAACUGUAAAUACAACACCGUCUAAUAUCUAAGUCAAUGUUUGAUUGAGAUUAUCUUUAAAUACGCUUAUUGUGCCCAAUAUCAUAAUUAUUGGCAUAUUUACAGGAAUGAAUUGUACUACAACAGCAAUAACAAUGAUGAAAACAACUAAGUAUCAUUAAAUUAUACUGAUCAUAGUACUUAGGAUUAGAUUACACAAUGUUUCAUUUUCAUCUAUGAAGACAAUUUUUAGAGCAACAUUUUUCAAUGCCUGAUCAAUUAUGGAAACAGUAAUAUUCGCAAUAAUAUGUAUCGACUUUUCUUUUUGUUUCGUUGUAGCUAUGAAACCCUUUAAAUAGUUUCGUAAUUAGAAAACGGUUUCAUGGAAACGUACCAAACUCUCAUUGGUUUGAUACGAAGCCGUUCCGAGGUUUCAUACGGAACCGUAUGAGUCACCGAUUUUUUUGAUUAGUUGCAGGAUUUUGUACAAAACCCUGAAAAGGUUUCAUGGAUUGGUCUUUUGAAAACGUAAGUUUGUACAAAACUCUUCCGACCAAUCAAAAAAAUUGGCGACCAUAUAAAGGUUUUCGCAGCUGCUAGGAAAAACGGUUUCGAAAACUAUAGAGUUUAGAGAAGCGAAACUGUUUCUAAACCCUUCAACAGAAAAAAUAUUUAGUAUGAAACCUAUUUUUUUGAGAGUAUAAUUCAGUAAACAUUUUUUAUCUACUAUUCUCCUUAUUUAAUCACAACUACAAUAAUGUACUCAACGUGUUCUGUAUGUUCUAACUGCUGUAUGAGGCAGUCAGCUCUAAUUUCUCUUUUUCCAUCUUUUGACAGUUUUCUUCAGACGAAAAAUUAUCAAUAUUCUGCACAAUAAUCAAUGCGAUAACAAAAGCCAAAGAUUUAUUAACUUGUAGUACUAACACAACAGCAUAUCAAACCAUAGACGAAUUGAAUAGAGUAUUUCCUGUAAACUUUACAAAUUUAUCAACAUUCAUCGUCAUAUUAUCGGACAAUAACACACUAAACGCUACACAACGGCGAAUAUCUACGAUUAGCGUUAAAUAUAAAAUAAACAAUAAAACAAUCGUUAACCAGGUAUUAACUUUCCCGUAUAUAUCUUAUCAUUUUCUUUUUUUUCUGUUUCUCUAACUCUUUUUGAUGAUCAUAUGAUUUAUUUGUACACAUAAACACCCCCGUAUUUAUUUUAUAUUGUUGGGGAUACUAUUGUUGAUGUUUUGCUUUCAAUAUCACCUGUUAAAAUUGUUUACAAGAAUAUUUUAUUAUUUUAAGUUACUAAAGUACUUGAUCAAUUUGAUAUUGAAGAAAAUCGAAUCUAUAGCUUGUGAUUACUAACUAAUCUUUACCGAUUUAAAAUAAUUUAUAUUUGAGUUUAGUGUAUAGUCUGAAAUAGAGAAUGAAAUAAUAGAUAGUAAUUGAUCUCUCGUUUAAUAAAUUACAUUUAUGUCUCUCGCUAUUAUAAUUCAUUAUCAAUUUUUCAUUUUAGUUAUUACUAUACAAUAAUCUUAUUCCUCCAAAUGUAUUCAAAUGCAACAAGUUUUAUGUUUAUUUAACAAUUUAUACAUUCGAUUUAAGACCAAAUGAAAUAUGUAUUAUUCGUCAAAUAUUUCCUAUAUUUGUUUUUAAUGUACUAUCAAAUCUUGAACUAGUACGUGCUCUAUUUAAUAAAAAACAACAACAUAACAAGACAUUGUCCAAUACUCAAAUUGAACAAUUUCAAGUGAGUUCAAAUUUUAAUUUAUUGUUGAAUCAGACAUAUAUAUUACAUUUAUUAAACUGUUCCAAUCAUGCAUUCUCGUUGAAUUUUAAUAUUGGUAUCAUCAUAAUAAAUCAUCGAUUGAAUAUAUUAACUUUAUCAAAAAAUGUAAAUAAUGAAAUAAUUUUAUUAAUUAAUAUUACGUUAACACAUUCGACGAAACAUUUCAUUUAUCAGAAUAUUCAUUCGUUUAUAGUUUUAUAUCAUCCAACGAUCGUAUCAGAGAAUGUUGAUACACGUAGAAAUAUCAAUUAUAAAAUUGAAUUAUAUUUAGUGGACAGAAGAUUACAUAAUUUUAUCAACCAAUGCAUACUACCACAUUUACAACCAUCAAGCAAUAAAGCAAAUUUUAGCACGUAUGAGCCGAACAUCGUAGAUCCGUAUGAAUAUGAUCGAGUUAAAUUGUUAUCGAUGAAUGUAUUGGAUACCAAUAAUAACACCGUUAAUAUAACAAAUGAUGUCAAUAGUACUUUUCAAACAUAUUAUUAUACAAAGUCAUUUGUAUCUUUUGCACUACUAUUUGGCUCAGCAUUUCUACCCCUAUCAUUCGAAAAACUUGGUCGACUAAGACAUUCAACACCAAAGAUUUUGAGAACUUCGGAUCAUGGUUCCAUUGACAAUUAUUCGUCAAUAUCGAAUUUAGUUAGCGCAUCAAUGACGAAAAUCAGAAAUAUUUUUUCCACAAAAAAUAGUUGCCUUUCUAUAAGUUUUCGCAAGAAUAUUUAUUAUCAAAAUCAUGAAGCGUGUGAACAACGAUUUUCAGGACAUUAUUUGAAACGAAAACGACAAGAAAAUCAACAAACAACCUUAAUGAACAAAAACCUUUUGAAGGAUGAACUAGACUCUGGCUAUUCAUCAUCGGGUAGUAUCGACUCUGAAACUAACGAUUAUCAAUCAUAUACGAAAAAAAUCAUUCAGCAUCGUCCGUCUCAAAUCACAGCCUAUCCAGUCUACGAUAAUUCUACGAUACAAGUACAUUCUCAAGAUGAAAACAAUCAAAUUGCCUCUUCAACCGAUCGACACGGUGAUAUUGCUUCGACAGAAGAUAGUUUAUUAGUUCAUAUAGAUGAUAAACAACGACGAAAAUCAGGUACGGAUUCAAUAAUCUACAAUCGACAACCACCAACAAUAAUUAUGACUCGACCAUCUAAGCAAGAUAAUGAACAACAGCAACAACGUUUAUACAUGCCAAAACGACAUUAUUCUCCUUCAUCACUACAACGUUCGACACGGAUGGAUCAUCGUCUGUCAAGAAAAGACAAUUUGCCGUUGUCAUCACCGUUAAAACCAAUACUAUCAAAAAGACGUUUAACAGAAGCUGAUUUCUCAAGUACGAGAGGUUCAGUUGCCGCUCCGAGUGAAAGUCGACGAAGUAUUUUUUCAUCGAGUCUUGGAAUAGAAUCAUCAUCUCGAUUAAAUCAACCUCGAGUAUUCGACGAUAAAACCGUUGUAUCAUCAUCGUUUCGAAAUGAAAAUACAUCAAAGUUUUUAAUAGGAACAUUAUGGAACACAUUUGCUCUCGUUAACAAUUUAUUUUUACAAAAAGCUCGAAGAAGACGAGAUGCCUUGACAUCAGCUGAUUUAAAUCCAGAUCAGUUAGAACAUUUACAACGUUUAGCACAACUGGCAAAUUAUUACAAUCAACAAGAAGAAACGGACUACGAAAAUGAUAUUGAUAAUGUUUAUCAGCAGCAAGAUGAAAAUACUACUCAUGAAUUAGAAACAAUUAUGCAUGCACUUCAGCAUCCUGGAACAGUUAAUCUUGAAAGAAUUCUUUCCGAUUUACGGCAUCCUAUUAGACGAUUUUCCUCAACAAGUACAACAUCAAAUCUCUUACCUAAACGGCAAUCGGCCACGACAUCCACAAAUACCGACAAGGAUGCAGUUUCAGAACAUGUUCAAGGAAAGAUGAGAACAAUUCAAGUUCAAACAGAUAUUGAAGAAGAAACACAGCACAGGAUCAUGAAGCACGAUCAAAAUCAAUUUUGCUGUUCGUGUCAAGGAAUUCAUAAAAACACCUGUAUCUAUUACGACGAUUCAAUACCACUCGAUUCAGAAAUUAGGAUUUUGGAAAAUCAUGCGUCAAAUAUAACGAGUACUGUAAGUGUCGUGCAUCAAUCAACUCUCAAUUCGGAUCACUUGUCAAAAAUCAUAGCGGAUAUUCAUCAGAAUAAACAGCCAUCGUAUUCGAAUAAGAAGACAAUAAUGAAAGACUCUGCAACAACGACAGAUCCGUCAAUAGAAGGCAAUGGUGGAGUAAAUGAACAUUCAAUUUAUACAAACACCCUACUCAGGCGGAAAAGUGUCAUAGAUUUAGAAAAAAUAUCGAAACAAUCGACAUAUUUAAAUGUAUCAACUCAAUAUAGUCCAUCAGAAACCGACAUUUCACCAGAGUUUAUAAUUUCAAAAGUGCCAGAUCAAGAUCGAAUACGAAUAAAGUAUUCAAAUGCAACGACGCAGUAUAGCUCGUCAGACAAAGGAACUUCACCUAUAGAAUCAACAAUUCUAACAAAAUCCGUUAUUUCUAAAACAACUUCAACUGAUCAAAAUGUUUCGGAUCAGCGGGAAACGGUUUUUCAACAAUUAAAACGAACAAUAUCAAUACGUAAUACACCAUCUGAAUACGAUCUUCCACCAAAACAUGUUACACAAACACAAGAUGAAAAUUUUGAUUUUGAAAGUUCACAUACAGUCCGAAGCCUUGUAUCAAUGUUUGAAUUACCACAAACAAAAUCUACUGACUUUCAGCAGAGGCGAAAUUAUAAGAUCAAAAGUUCUCUUAAUCUUAACAAUCAAUCGAGUAAUGUUCAUCGACAGCAAACGCCUAUAAUUGAUGAAUUUCCAAAAGAAAAUUCAUUAAGUCCACCUCUUGUUGUACCUCGUCGACAGCAAACACCACCGUCAUUAAUCUCAGAUGUGAAUGUAAAAGUAAAUCCAUUAAUAAUUGAUAAUUCGAAUUUUGAUCGACAAAUGUUGAUCAAUCAAUAUGCAACAGAACUAACAUCAGCAAUGUUAGCAAAUGUUAUAUUGACUAUAUCACGUAGUGAAAGUACCGAUAAUAUUCAAACUAAUGAUCAAUCAACCAACACCGAUAAUCGAACACCACGCUUUUCCUCUUAUACAAAUGGAAAUGGAAAAGGUUUAUUAUUUCAAACUCAUACAUUUGUUCCAAAUAUUCACAAGUCAAUCGUUGAAGAAGAUGAAGAUGUUGAAAUUUCUACCAAAAAUGAUACAGACACAAAUACACUUUUAGAUACGGUUAUUGAACAAACUGAAGUAAAAUCAUUUGAUCAUUCACAGCAUACAUUAAUAGCUGGACGAUAUAUCGAUGGUACACGAAGUUCAGAUGAAGAGCAAAAGCAACAAGUUAAAGAGAAUGUAAAUAAUCAAGUUUUUUCUUCCACUCGAUCAUAUUCGACUCGUAUGAGAAAUUCGGUCGAUGAUUCAUGGCGUUUUCAAUAUGAUAAAUCGAGUUCAAGUGAAAAUGAGCCAAGAGAAGUAAACGAAUCUAAUACUCUACAAUAUCUAUCGAAGAGUCAACAAUUUGCGGCUCAUCGAAUGUACGUUAAACCGUGGUUAAAACGGCGUAUUAAAUCAGUAGCACAGUCCUCUGUUCCUCCAGAAGUUUAUAGUACAAAUGUCAUUGAUAGUAAAAUAUCACCGACAACAGACAACGGUAAUAUUUUAGUUCAAAAACAAUCGAAACAUACAAAAUCGUUUUAUAAUAUUAUUGAAGAAGAAACAUUUGCUGAUUUAAAUACACGUUAUGCAUCGCUAUUAACGAUUGCCGUCUAUGUUAAAUCAGUUCAGAGACUACAAUUAUUAAAAGACGAUGUAAUGGUUAUUUUACAUUCACAUUUGACUCGAUUACAUCAAAUGUUUGAAAAUAAUAUUGAAAAAAUUGAACUACCAUCACAAACGCAGGUACUUCAUACAGUUAAUGAUAACGGUAAUAAACGUUAUAGAACGUCAUUUAUCGUUGAUGUCAGUAAUCCAUCGUCAACUUUACAUACGACUGGUAAAGUCAUCUUGGCAAACGAUGUCGAAUGGAAAACGGUUAAAAUAACUGUACGACGAUUUCGAAAAAAAUUUAUUCCAUUUCGUUUAGAUACUGAAUUUGAUCAUACAAAUCAAAUUUCAUCUAAACUAAAAUUAGCUGAAUUAAUUGAACUUCAACCCUACUUGAAACAUUUUGAUAAUUUAUCUCAGCAUCGUGUACAAAAAUAUGCCGCUCACUAUGCCGAAAAAAUUUGA